AUAAAUUUGGGAAUGGUUAUAAAAUAGAAAUUAGAUUGGUAAUGAAAGUGCAGUGAGCAAUGAAGGUUUCAGCGGUUGGCACUAGCAGUGUUACCCUUUCUUCCCUCUUCCGAUUUGAAUCUGGUUCGGUUUCGCUGUUAUCAAAAUCCAAAUCAUCAUUUGGCGUAGCAUGCUCUUUGGCUUCUUCUUCUUCUUCUUCUUCUUCACCUGCGAAGGCGCUUCGCAGAAUCCUGGACUCCCCAGGGGUCCACCAAGGUCCUGCUUGCUUCGACGCUCUCAGCGCCAAACUCGUUGAGAACGCCGGCUUCCAAUUCUGCUUCAGCAGCGGCUUCUCUAUUUCCGCCGCCAGCCUCGCCUUGCCCGACACUGGCCUCAUCUCUUACGCCGAAAUGCUCCAUCAGGGACAACUCAUCACCCAAUCCGUCUCCAUUCCCGUCAUCGGCGACGCCGACAACGGCUACGGCAAUGCCAUGAACCUCAAGAGAACUCUCAAGGGAUACAUCGCAGCCGGAUUCGCCGGAAUCAUUCUCGAAGAUCAGGUUUCUCCUAAAGCGUGUGGGCACACGCGCGGGAGGCGAGUGGUUUCUCGAGAAGAGGCGGUGAUGAAGAUUAAGGCGGCCGUUGAUGCGAGGAGAGAGAGCGGUUCCGACAUUGUGAUUGUGGCGCGCAGUGAUGCUCGGCAAGCUGUGUCGUUGGAGGAAGCGCUUGUUAGGUCAAGGGCCUUUGCGGAUGCUGGAGCUGAUGUUCUUUUCAUCGACGCCCUUGCUUCCAGGGAAGAGAUGAAGGCUUUCUGCGACGUUUCUCCGCUCGUUCCCAAAAUGGCCAAUAUGCUCGAAGGAGGUGGCAAGACACCCAUACUUAAUCCUAUGGAGCUUCAAGAUAUUGGUUUUAAAAUUGUUGCGUAUCCACUUUCCUUGAUCGGGGUUUCUAUACGAGCAAUGCAGGAUUCACUCACUGCCAUUCGAGGUGGCCGUAUUCCUCCUCCCGGAAGCAUGCCAUCUUUUGAAGAAAUUAAGGAUAUCUUAGGUUUCAAUGCUUACUAUGAAGAAGAGAAGCGUUAUGCUACAACCACCAAUCCGCAGCUUUCCAAGAGAGAGAGCAGUAACCUAUACAGUAUACAACGGCGAGAUCAAGUUGAUACAGAGCAGACAAAUCAAAGUUUCAAAGAUCCAAUUGUGGAAGUUAUAACACCUGAUGAUGUGUACAAUAAAUAUGGUGCAGAUAGUUCAAGGAACCCUUUUUCUGGUAUCUGGUCUCGAACUCUCAGAGUAAAAAUAACUGGCAGAGAUGGAUUUGAGAGACUUGAUCUUAGGAUUCCUGCUGGGUUUCUGGAUGGAAUCACAAACAUAGUUCCUGCUUUGGGUGGCAUAAACAUCAAAGAGCUUUUAGAUGAUGCUACUGAGGAAGUUGGGGGGAAACUCUUGUUAGAUUUUCAAGACAGGAUGGGUGACAGAAUUCAAGUAUUUCUGGAGUGAUUCCAGACAUAACUUUUCUCAAGUCUAACGGAAAUUGAUGGUUCAUAUUGAUGAAGGUGAUAACUGGAAGCUAAGGGUUAAACCUGAUCUAGGCACAGCAGCUCGGUUGUUGGAAGUGAGGAAGCCGGACGUGGUACAAGCAGCAUGGUCAUCGGGAACCAGUAAUUUAAGAUAUCACAUGGAUUUAUUAUCCAAAUACUGGAAAAAGAAAAAAGUUAUUACAACUAUAGUCAGGAAUGGGAAAUUUCUUGAAAAUAAUUUUUCCCUUUAUUGUCAGCCCAUUUUUAUAUUUAUUUGUUCUGAUAGGGAGAAAGAUUCUCAUGUCCUAUAUCGCUAAGAUAAGUUUACCGAGCGUUGAAACUCACAAUUUCAUGCAAAACGGCGUCUAAGUUUUUUUAAAUCUAUAGUUGUGUAUAUGUCUAUUUACAAUUAC